AUGAUUUAUGAGCCACAUCAAUGUCUCCAAAUUCGUUAUGCUACUUUUCCGACCUUAAAAGAAUGGAAAAUCUGCAAAGAAACACAAAGAAACAAAUUGCCAAAGCUUCAGCUUCAUGUAUACGAUUUUCUCAUUGAAGCGCUUUUCCAUUGCAUGUCUGAGAUAAAAGACGAACGAGAGAAGGCCUUAAGGUUAAGACAUUUGAAAUUAUCUAUCACUCAAUUAAACUGA